AUGGACGAGAAAAAUGAUAAGAAAAAUGGGGACGAUAAUAAAAAUAACACUGAUGCUGAUGAUGACGACGAUGAUGACGACGAUGAUAAUGUUAAAAGUGACGACGUGAAAGAAGUGAGUAGAGAGAGGUAUGCAGAGAUAUCAUCAUCAUUGAGAGAUGCAUUUAAAGGGGACAAACCUUUCAAACUGUCAUCUCUGUUUGGCGACGAUGAUGGCGAUGAUGAUGAGGAGGAGAAUGAUGAGGACGCUGAUGAUGAGAAGAGAGAUGGCAGUUGUAUGAAGAGGAGAUUGGAGGAAGGUGAUGACGAGAUGAGUAAAGCAAUCCAACCAUUAGUUAAAAAGUCGAAAUUAAUGAUGACGAUGUUCGAAUGGGAUAAAGAUGACGAUGAAGAUGAUAACGAAAGUGGCGGUGAUGAUGACGGAUGUGGUGGUGAUGACGGAAGUGGUGGUGAUGAAAGUCUUGGCAGGAUUUCCAGUAGGACAAAAACUUUAAAAAUUGAAAGCCAGAAAGAGGUUGAGAAAAAGGAAAUUGUUAAAAAGGUUGCGGAGAAAAAGCAAUCAAAACAAACAACCUCCAAUAACUUUUUCUUUGAUGAGAAUGAGUUGAUUUCAAAUGGUAGUGAUUUUCACAGAACCCAAAACAUGGAAUCACUAAGAGAGGCCUGGUCUAAAUCAAGACAGUACUUCGUUGACUCCUACAGACUGAGGAGAAAGAGAUAUAGAGGUAGUGCUACGGCAGAUGUCGGCUCGAGCACGAAAAAUAAACUUGUGAAUAGAAAUUCCAAGAGUAAAAAAUUUCAUCAGAAAAUAGACCGGAAUAAUUCUUUUAAGAAAAAUAAAUAA